AUGGCCAAGCGCACGAAGAAGGUCGGCAUUGUCGGCAAGUACGGCACCCGGUACGGGGCCAGUCUGCGUAAGCAGAUCAAGAAGAUUGAGGUGUCACAGCACUCCAAGUACUUCUGCUCCUUCUGCGGCAAGUUCUCCGUGAAGCGCGUCGCCGUCGGCAUCUGGGAGUGCAAGGCCUGCAAGCAGGUCCAGGCUGGUGGAGCGUACGUCCUGAACACUGCUGCCUCCGUCACCGUGCGAUCGACCAUCCGUCGCCUGCGCGAGCAGACCGAGAUCUAG